AUGGCUCAAGCUUAUCAGCUAGAAAGCACCUUGAAACACGGUGAAGAACUUCUUGAAAGCGGAAAUGAUGAAAGCGCUUUAUUAGCGUUCCAUGAAGGAAUUACAAGCAAACGUCGUGGUUCUCAAUUGACUUUUGACAAAAUCAUGGUAUUACCUAUAUAGAUCCACCAUGUAGAGCUUUGUGCAAAGCUAGAAAACAUCAAGUUCCUCAAAGAAGCCCUUCUAGUUUUUUAUACAUUUUUAGCCAAAUUCGACUCCCACCUAAUUUCCUAUAAAAAUGACCAUAUUUUUACUGCUAAAUGUACCUAUAAAAGUAUAGAAAUGCUGUCCAAAAUAUCACCCCACAGUCCUUACAAACAGUUUUAGAGCGUCUCCGCCAGAAAGCUGAGGCCAAGGUUGAUCAGGCCUUACAAGAUUACUCAGAAACCAUUGACAUUGGCGACUUAGAAGCUGAAGAACAGCCUGAUAAACUAUUACUGGCCUCCACAAUGCCAGUCCAGCACGAAAGAGAAAAAGCUGAAAUCAUCACAAACUCCUUAAAGUUCCUAUGGGAGACCUAUAAGCUCUGCUUAGACAUCUUAAAAACAAAUGGAAAAAUGGUGACGGCUUAUAAAGACACAGCCAUCCAAGCACUUGAUUUUUGCUUCAGACAUAAAAGGCAUUUUGAGUGCAAGAGACUGUGUGAGACUUUACGAGUCCAUUUGCAAAAUAUUAUAAAAAAUCACAAAAAUAUGGCCACGACGCUAAACUAUUAUUUUUUAUAAUAAUAAAUAUAUUCAUAAUUAUUAAUAGACAGUCCUAAUAUAAUAUAGAAAAUAAAAAUUGAUUUCAGAAUAAUUAAUUUUUAUUUAUAAGAGAAAGCAUAUAUAAGCUUAGACGACGAAGAGACCAUCAGCAGCUUGAUAAAAAUCAGAGAAAAACAAAUCGACGUCUGCAUGGACCUCGACCUAUGGCAAGAAGCUUUCAAAACAGCUGAAGACACCCACCACCUUAUGCAGUAUAGAAAAAACCCACCAGCUUCUUUAGUAAGAUACUGGGGUAGCUUAGCCCGAGUUUUUUGGAAAGCUGGCCACUAUUUAUUCCAUGCCUAUGCCCACUACCUCUGUUUAAUUACUCAUAGGAGACACAAUAAAAGCUUCUCAGGAGAAAAAGAUAAAAAUAUUUCCAGCUUAGUCGUCCUUGCCACUCUGGCAAUUCCAACCUAUAAACUAGCUGAAGAUAUUAACUCCAUACAAGAAGAGUCCCAAUUAAACCAUGAUUUAGCAAUGAAGCUUGCUAGCAUGCUAAAAUCCUCAGGAGUUUUAUCAAGAGAACAGCUGAUUCAGCUAUUAUUGACUAAAAACAUUGUAGAAGGCGCAUCAGAUGAAGUAAAAGAGCUUUAUUAUUUAUUAGAAAAUCAGUUUUUGCCACUCACACUUUCACAUAAAGUGAAGCCUGUGCUGUCAAAACUUAAAGACAACCCUGAGCUCGCUAUUUAUAUUCCGAUCAUUGAAAGACUGCUUGUCGGGCGUGUCUUACUCCCCUUUAAAUUGGAACAAAAAAUCCUGUUCCAAUUUAAAAGGAGUAAUUUGUUUUAACAUAAAAUUUAUAUUUAAAAUUUUUCUUAUAAAAAAUGUCAAAAAAUAAAAAAUUCAAUUGGAUUUUAAUUUAUUUUUUUUGAAGAAUUAAUUUAAGAAUGUAAUCAAUUUAGUUUGAAAACUGUUAUAAUAAUUGCGCUUUUUAUUCAAAAUAAAUUUUAUAAAAAUUCCUAGUUAGCAUAUACCCAAAAAAUGGAAUUUUACUAUAUUUUGUUCCAAUUUAAAAGGGGAGUUAGGACAGCUAAGCAAAUGCUACUCAAGCAUGAAAGUUGAUACUUUCUGCAAGAUAAUUGACUUUAUUCCUUACGAAACCCUUGAAGAGUACAUCCUUGACAUCGCCACAAAUUCUUCCCUUUCUAUAAAAAUCGACUAUAUAAGGUCAGCCAUUCUUUUUAAAGAUAAAUCUGAAAAGGCGAAUCCAACCCAAAAAUUGACUCAAAUUAAAAAAUAUUCUCAAAAAUAUUAAAAACCUUUAAAUAUUUAUUACUUUGCCUUUUCUUGGCAAUUAGUAUGAUUUAUUAUACUUACAAGAAAGCUAUCUGGCAAUCAAAAAAGACGAUAUUGCCGAAAAAAGAAAAAAUUUGCACCAUAAUUGCUUUAAACAAGUAGAAGAAAGCUUAGCAAGAGACCAAGAAGAAUUAAUCAAAAAGAAAGAAGAAAUGAAUAAGAUUUGGGUAACAAGAGAAGAAGAUCAGAAAAACAAAGAAGACCAAGAUAAAAAAGCUAAGGAAGAAGAAAAAGCUAAAAUUGAUAAAGAUUUGAAAGAGAAGCAAAAGCAGGUAGAAAUUGACAUAAAAUUGUCAAAAUUGCAGCAGGAGAAAAAAGCGAUUAUUUUAGAAGAAAUUUACCUGUGGAUUUAUAGAAUCAAAGCACAAGGGUUUACACCAAAAGAAAUGAAUAUUGAUGGGAGGAGGCUUGAUGAUAUGACUGAUGAUGAGUUAGUUGCCGUUGGGCCUGAAGCAAUCCACAAGCUCUGCCUAAAACUGGUGGAAAAAGAAAAACGCGAAAAAGAACGCAUCAUGAACGAAGAACAAAAAAAGCUUGAAUACUUCGAGCGUGCCAAAAGAGAAACCAUCAUCCCAAUCCUCCUUGAGCAAUGGGAAAAAAACACUGACCAAGAAAUCCAAACUAAAAAAAAUAUCCUCAGAGAAAGAUAUGAACAUGACAUUAACUUAAAAACGAAACUUGAAAGAGUAAAAGACCUCAAGCGCGAUUUCAUACAAAAUGAAGAAAAAAGAGCCAUGACUGUCUAUUCUUUUUUAAAUAAAAUUAAUUUUUUUUCUUAAAAAAAAAAUUGAGAAAGCAUUUAGGAUUUCUAGGAUAUGAAGCUCAGGUAGAUGAAUGGACUAAGAAAAUGAAAGAAGCAUAUAAGAAAAUAGCCGUUGAAGAAGCAGAAAGCAGGCUUAUUAGUGAUAAAAAGAAAAAAGAAGAGGAUGAGAAAAAGAGAAAAGAAGAUGAAGAAAGGCAAAAGAAAGCAGAUGCCUUAAGAGCUGAAGAAAUGAGAAGGGAGCAAGAAAGCAGAAAAUAUAUACAAAAAGAAGGGUUCAGAAGGAAUGAAGAGCCUGUACAGACUACUAUUGGCUGGAGGAAAGAGGUAAAAGAAGAAGAAAAGACACAGCCAACAACAGCUACUGGACCACCAAAGAGGUUUACAAAUUCUGGCAAGAAAGUUGAACCUGUCACCAAAGCACCUGAACAAGCUAAACCUGAGAUUGGCCCUACACAAAAAGUUGCUCAGGCUCCUCAAAGACCAAUAGAAAGUAAGCCUAUCACAAGGCCACCACCAGCCCAAGAAAGAAAAGAGCCAGAAUCAGGUCCUCGGCCUAAAUCUUUUAUUAAAAUAAUUUUUAAAAAAAAUUUAUUUAUUUUUUUAUAUUUUCUAAAAAAUAAAAAAAUUAAAUAAUGGAGUAGGUUCUCGAACUCGAAAAAAAAUGAUCCUAAAAAAGCCGAAGAAACUAAAAGAGAAGAGCCUCCUAAAAGAAAGAAAUCAGAACAAGAAGUCGAUAACGAAGGAUUCGUAACAGUUACCAAAGGAGCUAAGCCUCAGCAUAAGUAA